AUGGACGACCCAGUUCAAGAUAUUCCAAAAAUUAUAGAUCUCAUUCUUGGCUCAAAAAAUAAGGGCUAUAAUCCACAAGAAGUUUCAGAAUAUUAUUGCGUUAACCUUGAAGCCAAAAAUUUUAUGACAUAUAUUCCCAGUGGUCCGAGUUCUCGAGAAUGUUUUAUCUCACUAAAUCGAUGUUAUAAAGGAUUUAUAUAUUCUGAUAGAACUACUAUUCAUGAAUUAUUUUUUAACGAAAAACACAAUAAGGUUGUGAUUGACGCAACACAAUAUGCUCGUCGUGGCCUUUUCUUCUGGGUCGAACAUCCAAUAAGAGUUAUGGUAAGAUUAGAUUUAACCUACCGCUCUGAUGGAAAAUAUAUCAUAAAAAGGCAAGAGAUUUUGUGUCAUCCAGAGGAAUUAGCCGGUAUUUUCAUACCAUAUUUAGUGCCAAGUUUAGUGGUUUUCCAAAAAUUAUUUUUUACUACAGUUUGUGUUAUCUUUGGAAAGGGGC